UCCAUGUGCACUGUAAGCAAAGCCAUGCUUAUGAUAAAGUUAAAGUUUUUGAUAGAAAGCUAGGUGUUUUGAAGUUAAAUACACUCGUUUUUCAUUAGGCUUAUCAAACUUGAACUGAUUAGUACGUUCGAGAUCGGGAGCAUUACGUUUAAAAAGGGGUUGAUAAGUACAACUUAUAUACAAUGGCGGAUCACGUGGAGCCUUAUCGGUUUCAAAAUCUUCUUGGGGCCAUGUACUCCAAAGGGAAUUUAGAAUUUUCUCCAGACGGCUUCACCCUUAUUUCACCCGUCGGAAAUCGUAUAUCUAUGUUUGGUUUAAAAGACAAAACAGCCAAAACUCUACCAGUAGAGGCAACUACGAGUUUUACAACAAUGAGCCUCUCUCCAUGUGGGCAUAUUUUAAUUACUGGGAACGAAUCUGGAGAAGUCCACGUUAUUAGCCUUCGCAGUGAAACUGUUCUUCACAUGCUACGACCAGGUGGUCACAUUGUGCAAGUCAAGUUUUCUCCAUGCGGGACAAAGUUUUCUGUCGCAAAACAAAACACCGUGCUCAUCUAUAGUGCUCCUACAAGAAAGCCAACCCUGAACCCCAUUGCUUUGAAAAGAGCGAUUUCUGAUGUCCAGAACGUGGUUGACGUCGCAUGGUCCAACGAUGGUAAAAUUGUGGCUGUUUCUAGCGCAAGGGGAAUCAUUCAUAUCUAUCCAGUUGUCAAGUUUAGGAAUUUUAAGCCCGUUACCCUCACCGCAAAUACAGAAGGAGUUGUUAAAACCUUCUUUAAAAAUGACAAAUCGUAUGAUAUUUUGUCCGUUGAUGUAAAUGGAGCAUUGCGAGUUUGGAAGACGGAAGAUAUUGACAAAUUCGAUGAAGUUGAUCCUGAACAAUUGAACCAUUUUGUUAAGCCAAUAACCACCGAAAACAUUGACUGGAUCCGUUACCAGAUAACGAAUAAGCAUUAUUUUAACGAACUCUUCCCAAAGGGAGAGAAGCGUCCUCCGUUGACCAUCUCGGCGUAUAAUCCUGUUGUUGGAUUAUUAGUGACUGGAUUUGGAGAGACGAUUUUUCUCCAUGAACUUCAAGAUUUCGUACUGAUUCAGUCAAUGAAAAUCCCAGCGGUCGGGGUGUCCACAGUUACUUUAAACAGAACUGCUGACUGGAUAGCAUUCGGGAGUUCAUCUCUUGGACAGCUCGUCGUGUGGGAGUGGCAGAGCGAAUCCAUGAUCCUUAAUCAAACGGCUCACUACGAUAUCAUUGAAAGUUUUGACUUUUCAAACACAAGUCGCGUAAUUGCAACUGGUGGUGUAGAUGGGAAGAUCAAAGUCUGGAAUACUGUAUCUGCCCUUAACUUUGCCGUUUUUGGAGAUCAUACCGGCCCAAUUACUGCGUUGGCAUUUACACAAAAGGGGAAAGCAAUUGUAUCCUCCUCUCGGGAUGGAACUGUUCGAGCUUUUGAUCUCACGAGAUAUCGUAACUUUAGAACAUUUGUUACACCACGAUUAGUCCAAUUAAGCUGUGUCUCUGUGGACCACGCUGGCGAGUUAGUAAUUGCAGGAGGGGAUGAAACUUUUGAAAUCUAUCUUUGGGCAAUGAAGACUGGAAAGUUAUUGGAAGUGUUUACUGGGCACACUGCUUCAAUCACUGGAAUUCAAUUUUCACCUAGUAUUUCCAGCUCCCGUUUUGCUUCUUGUAGUUUGGACAAAACUCUUAGGAUAUGGCCCCCAAUUGGGACUGAAGGGAGAGUUGAAGAAAUUGAUUUAAGUUCGGAAGCAACAACUCUUGCAAUAUCUCCGCUGGGAACACUCGUCGCUGUUGUAUCCCUCUCCGGAGUGAUUUCUUUAUUUGACAUGGAGGGUGCAUCCCAAGGUACCAUUGAUGGUUAUCUUCACAUUCCUGACAAGUCAAUCCUUUCAGAAGGGACGGCACACAACUUGAAAAAUAAAUUACGUGGAAAGGGAUAUAAGGCAGUUGCAUUUUCGCCAGAUGGGAAAUUUAUCUUGGCUGGUGGUGAUAACAAAGUAAUCUGCAUGUUUAACACAGAAUCCCAAAGAUUGGUGACAUCGUACUCGAUAUCAAGAAAUUACUCGUUAGACGGAAUUAACUCCUUCAUUCAUCGAAAGAAACUUACCGAUUUUGGUAACAAGGAUUUAGUUGAAGACCGUGACGACGCAGGGGACGUUCUACCGCUCCCGGGAGUCCGUAAGGGUGACAUGGCAUCACGAAGAUACCAAAAUGAAAUUCGCGUCACUGCCUUAAAAUUCGCUGCAAGUGGAAAAAGUUGGGCUGCAGCGACGACAGAGGGACUUUUACUUUAUGGAAUACAAAAUUUUACCAUGUUUGACCCCAUCGAUGCAGACGUUACAGUUACACCGCAAAGCCUUGAAGAUGCCUUGGCACGUCACGAUUUCGGGACAGCACUCAUGACGUCUCUCCGACUUAACAUUCACGAUCUUAUUGUCAAUGUUGUGUCAAGAAUUCCGACAAAAACAGUUGAACUUCUUGUGAAAGAGCUACCAAUCAAGUACGUCUGCCUCCUCCUCCGUUUUCUGACUGAUCGACUUAGUAAUGAGACAAAAUUGGGUCUAUACCUAGCAUGGAUAGAGUUUGUAAUGGUCCAUCACAUGUGGACACUUCAAAAUAAUUCUGAAACGAAACCAAUUCUGAAGGACCUCAGUCAAAAGAUGAAUGAAGUAAAAAGCAGGACUCUGUCUUUAUUGACCUACAAUGUUGGCGCUGGUAGUUAUCUAUUUCCUGAAUUACUACCUGAUGACGAUGAAGGUAUGCAUGAAGAAUCUGACGUAGAUGGGAGUGCUACAACUGAGUCGAUGAGUGAAGAUAGUGAUUAGCUGCACUGACUAAAAAUAUAUACUAGGAUUAUAUUUAAUAUCUAUUAGACUUAUUUUUGUAAAAUACUUAGUUAAUGAAAUCAUGCUUUCUCUGACUGACGUAAAACUGACCAACGGAGAACUAAAUAAAAUAUACAAUUUUAUACAAAA